UACGAGGGAUAAACAUUGUGUAGCAUACGCUUUGCUUUCAAACACACACAGACACACACACACUCCUGUGCUGUUAGCUUUGCAUGGAUAAUGGUUCAAUGUUUCAGUUUACUGCAAGUAUUCGGACAGGAAGUGGAAUUCUCCGGGCGCAGGUAGCUCUGGUCAACCUUCUCAACUCAAGUGCUGCCUGCUCUGUUUUGCUCCUAAAAUCAUUCCUAUGGUAAACUCUACCCUGACCAAGAAGGACUAUGACUAUUUCAUCAUAGUGAAAUUUUUUGUUCUCUGAGACUGGUUUGGAGAUGCCCAACCCCUCCCACAUGUGUCAUUAUAAACCCACUGAGCUGUAGACCUGCGAGUCAUUCUGAGAUUUUCUCUUUUGUUGGUGUUACUGGAGAAGUAUUCAAAUAAAUAGCAGUCGUGUUGUUAUUAACCACUGCGGUAAGAUGAAGAUGGCAACACUGGUCCUGUUGCUUCUCCUGCCGUUGGUCUCAGCCACAGGCCGAAAGGUAUUUUUGUUUCCCGAGGAGUCCGACUCUGCCUACGUGCGCAUCACUCCGAAGAAACCUCUGAAUCUGCAGGCCUUCACUCUCUGCAUGCGCAUCGCCACCGAGCUGAAGGGCAGGCGAGAAAUCAUACUGUUUGCUUAUCGCACCCAAGAUCAUGAUGAGCUCAAUGUAUGGCGGGAGGAAGAUGGACGACUCUCUCUUUACCUGAGGAGCAGUGGUGAUGCUGCCAUGUUUGAUCUACUGCCACUGUACGAGUUCCCCACUCACCUGUGCGUCACCUGGCAAUCGAUCACCGGAGCCACCGCAUUUUGGGUGAAUGGACAUCGCAGCAUGGUGAAGAUCUACAGACGUGGACAUCGUGUUGAUCCAAAUGGAGCUGUCAUUCUUGGGCAGGAUCCUGACUCGUUUCUGGGCAGCUUUGACAAGGGUCAGAGCUUCAAGGGUGAAAUCUCAGACGUACACAUGUGGGAUAGUGUUCUUAGCGCUAGUCAGAUUUUGAAGCUGUAUGAAAAUCCGUGUGGGGCUCAGGGGGGAAAUGUGAUCGACUGGAAUUCUGACCAGUACCAAACCAUUAACAAUGUAGUUGUGCUGACUAACAUAGACGGCUAACAAAAGCCUAAAGCUUGAUAGAGAGUCAACAGUACAGUUUCUCAACUGUUCAAAAUGUCUCGCCUUUGUUUUCCAUGUCUAAUUAAGUAUGUGAUGACAGUUUGUGGAAGCAUUUUAGCAUCAUUUGAGUUUCUUUUAGUUUUCUUUGUUUUUUUCUGUAUGUUUAUUGAUGCAUUAUAAAAAAUGUUUUGUUGGAGGAUUUGUUUGAAUAAAACUGGCCAUAUUUCUUGGA